AGCGUGGAAUUUUUAACUUUUUUUCGCUUUUUUCCAUCGCAUACGCCUUCUUGACCAUCAUCUGCACUUCGACAUCCAUUCGACAACAGCAAAGAUGGACUCUCUAGACCGCGAUGUUGCACGACUAUGGCGAGUUAAUCGUACAAUACACGAAUUAGUACGUGAUCGUGGAUACAUCGUUGCCGAUUCAGAAUUGGAAACAUCGCUUGAUGAAUUUCGUGAACAAGUAACGGGUGGAUCAGGAGCGAUUGAUAGAAACAGAUUACACUUUUUCACUCGUUUAACAAAUGAUGAUUCUCAGAAAAUUUUCGUUUAUUUUAGUGAUGAAAGAAAUGUUGGUGUAAUGACGAUGAGAAAAUUUCUACAACAAUUGGAAGAUAAAGAAAUUCAAAAAGGGAUUAUUAUUUAUCAAGAUAAAAUGACUGCAAGUGCACAUAAAGUCAUCGACGCAAUGAGAACGCAAUUUGACCUGGAAGACUUUCAUGAAACCGCUCUUUUGGUCAACAUCACUCAUCAUCAUCUCGUACCCAGACAUGAUGUCUUGACGGAUGAAGAGAAGAAAGCUCUAUUGGAACGUUAUCGUCUAAAAGAAACACAAUUGCCACGUAUUCAAGUCAGUGAUCCAGUCGCACGCUACUAUGGAAUGAAGCGAGGUCAAGUUUGCAAGAUCACAAGACCGUCUGAAACUUCUGGUCGAUACUGCUCUUACCGAAUCUGUUUGGGAUGAAAGAGGGGGGUGGCUGGCAUCCAAUUGUAUUUUUACACACUCCCGAAAAAUGCGUCAUGUUGAUUUCUGUUUACU